CUAAUUUUUUACACAAGGUUCGAAUUCCUUAAAUAGUACCUUAAUGAACAAAAUGAACCUAUACCACCCUUAUAAAAAAAAUCUCAAAACAGACCACCUAAUUUUUCACACAGCUUGUCAUCGCAGUAUAUAGUUUCUUGCACGGGUUAGCCAUACCCCCUACAAUUCAUCAUCUCAUGUUUACUUUAGAAAAUUUUAUUUUUCUAAAUAUCAAAGUUACUCAUAUCACUAAUUAAAAGAUCAUUUCCAUAUUUUAAUCGUUAGAUUUUUGUAUAUUAAGACUAGGAGGGGGUUAGCCACUUGACUAACGACCCUCCCUUAAUCACCAGUUCCUCCAUUUCCAAUCUCAGCCAUACAUUAUGGCUUUGUAGUACUGAAAAACUAUAUUGUUUUGUACCCUGAACCAAACCAUUAACAUCAAUCUAUAAAACAAAAGUUAAACCUAAUUAUGAAAAGAAGUUUCAUAGAAUUGCUCAAAAUCCAAAAAAAAAAAAAUAACGCAGUGAAAAAUGCUUUCCAUUUCACUAUAUACGUUGCACGUAUUAUUCUUUAGUGAUGUCACCGGAUGUUGGCACAUCCUGCAAGUGCGGCAGCACAUGGUCGUAGAGGAAACGACAGCCACCUACCUGACAUUUCCCGGUAUAACCUAGCUAGGCCUAGGAGUUUUGAGUUCAAUUUGGAGGAGAAAACAAAUUGUAUUGAAUUUAAUCACUGUGGGUAUCUUCUAGAACUCAUGAUCUCUCCACUAUAAAUAGAUUGUGCAUUUACACAAAAAAAGCCACACAAACAAAACCCACUAAAAAGUGACCAGAAAUCAAGAAAAAGAGCUAUAUUUCGCUGGCCAGGGAACUUGCCCUGUUGUUACCGACGAAAACCCGCAGUAUCGUUAUGCAAAUUCCACGUACACCGGCGUCGUGCCCGAUCUUGGUGACGACGACGACGACGACAGUAUGAUUAUGGUUGCCACCUGCGAUAAUGACCGCAACCUUAACAGUGGCAGUACUACUUCCUCAUGGCGUCAAGAUUAUCGCUAUGGCUCGGCUGCAAUAUGUGAACCGUCGUCAUCAUCAUCAUCAAAUACUACUGCUUUAACCAAGAAUACUACUAUUGUUCCCGGCCAAUGCCUACAGGUGACGAAUCUCGAGAAUGGGAGACGAUCGAGCAACUGUGAAAAUUACGUCGGAUGAACAGUGUAGCAGCAACGGUACAAGUUUGGUGCUGGAUUAUGAUGUUUUUCAACAUCUCGACACCAGCGAUUACAAGAGAAAUGUAGGAGGCAACUUGACAAUUACCUACAAGCAUGUGGGUUGUAUUCGCAACUAGUAUGAUAACUACAUGUACUAUGAAGCAUGAUAUCUAAAUGCUUUGCCCUAUCCGACUCCGAUGUAGUUCUCCUAAAUUUUCCUAAAAAUUUUAUUUUGGUGUCUAGUAGAUUUGGUAUUAGAGACGAUACUAUUCAUUUAUCCUCCUAAAUAAGUCUAGCUCAUUAUGUUUUUCCACCACAAAAAUAUCGAGGUAACAGCUCAGGCGAACGCAAUGUUCGUAAAAUUGCACGCAAUCUUCCAUGACGAAUUCUACAAGUGUUGGAGCACUCAAAUGGAGACAAUUAUCAUUGCUAAAGACUUGUGAAAUAUCAUGCAAGAAGGUUAUGAGAAAAUUACGUACGACGAGCGGAGUGAGACUCUCACAAGGGCUGCAGAAGUAAAACCAAAGCAAUACAAGGAUAAUAUCCGGAGGAAUGCCAACGCCUUGCGAAUAAUUCGACACAAAAUUAGCAAAACUAUCUUUACUCUAUUUUUUAGUCUAUUUUAUAAGUGAUUUACCGUUGUCAACAUACUUUCCCAUUUUGAAAACAAAGACAUUUAUAGUUUUCUUUUGGGUUAUAGGAAUAAUAUGCCCCUCUACUAUGACGUUUUAUCAAACAUGCCCCUCUACUAUUUUUCACAUCAAAUAUGCCCUUGUACUUUGAAAAAAUUAUCAAACAUGCCCUUCUUUUAAAAUUUCCAUUGAAAAAAUCGGCAAUCAUGGUUGAAUUGAGAUUUAGACGACCCGACAUCGGCAAAUGGGAGGUAAAAUGUCAGUUUUGUCCACUGUUUUAUUUCCCUGAGUUUUUUCAAAGUGAAAUUAUUUGAAUGAUUUGAUUAUACAAAAGAACCAAAAAAAAUCUAAAGUGAAUUUAUUAGGGAUAUUUUAGUCAUUUGUGUUGCCCAAACUAAAGUUCAGCCAUGCUUAACGGUUUUUGGAUGAAAAUUUUAACAAAAGGGCAUGUUUGAUCAUUUUUACAAAGUACAGGGGCAUGUUUAAUAUAAAAAAUAGUAGAGGGGUAUGUUUGAUAAAACGUCAUAGUAGAGGGGCAUAUUAUACCUAUAACCCUUUUCUUUUUAUUAAUGCAUUUGAAAUCUUAUUGAUCUGAAAUAUGAUUCAUACAAUCAGCAAUUAACUUAGAUAUUAGAAAGAUAGGGUUGUCUUUAAGGCUGGGAAACGGUGCGGUCUGGUCCAGACCAGACCAUAUAUACGGUCUAUGGUCCAGAUCGAAAGGCUGAAGUAUAGACCACAGACCAGAUCACAGAAUAUACGGUCCGGUCCAGACCACGCUUGUGCGGUCUAGUUCGGUCUUGUCUGGUCUGGUCCAGAUAGACCAUACUCAACGAAAAAUGAACAAUUUGUUUAGUCAACCACACAAACAAUUGAACUAAUAAUCAAGAAAAAUAAUUUUAUUUGCCUUAAAACUUUAAUCCUAACAUGCAUGAAUAAAUUUGAUACCCUAAAUCGUAGUACAUAACAAAGAUAUCAAGUAAAA